AUGGCUUCAGCCUCUCAGAGAUUACCUCUCACCUUUCUCCAGGGUGUGGGAUCUGUAUUCUUCAUCCUUCGGAUCAUCUCUGUUCAGGCUGAUGGGAAAGUGUUUGCACUUGAGUCCAAGAACAACUCUCAGGUUCUGGAUUUAGCUGAAGCUGAGAAAGCUUGUGUUGACCUGAGUGCUCGCUUAGCAACUGCAGAAGAACUGAAAAGGGCUGUUCUGGACUGUUCUUUCGCUGGCUGCACCACGGGAUGGCUCGCUGGUGGCUCCACCGGGACAAUUAUAUGCAGAAAGACGGGCAGCAAACAGCAGAGCGUGAAAGCCAUUGAUGUUAAAAUUGAAACCAAGCCCUUUAUGAAUGACCAAUAUGAUGCUUUUUGUGUAAAGGAUGAAGACAAGCCCUGCGGGGACCCACCUUCCUUCCCCCACACCAUCCUACAUGGCCACACUGGCUUUGAGAUGGGAGAUGAGCUGCUGUACGUUUGUGCCCAGGGCUACGUCAUGGGCAACAAGGAGACGGCGUUCACGCUGCUCUGCGACAGCUGCGGGGAGUGGUACGGGCAGGUGCAGGCCUGCGUCAAAGAUGAAACUGAGGCUCACAUUGACUACGAAGAUAACUUUCCUGAUGACAGAUCAAUACCUAUUGCUGAGAAUGAACAUGUCAAUGGCAAAGAGGAAACUGAGCAUGGGCAAGAACAGCUUUCCCUUACUAAAGUUUCAGAGGAAGGCAGAACUGGAAUUAUCAAAGCUGUUACUCAGGACACACACACUUCUGAAAAAGGAAGCAGGGCACCAACUGAGUCCCCUGUGUCACUCCUAAGCCAAAAAAACUUGUUCUGGUUUCCAUCAGAGGCUUUCAGUGAGCCUGAAACAGAGAAACAGACAGAUGAUUCCACUAAAGCACAUUUUUCUGAAGGUGAUAACCACAUCGGAGGGAAGACGGCCUAUGAUGAACCUGGUGCCAAAAUGUUUUAUGACAGUGAGGAUUUUCCCAUUGGACCCUUUCUCACAACUAAUGAUACAAAGGCAGAGAUAGAUGCAGUGGCCAUUACUGACGAGUCAUGGUUAGAUGGCUAUCCAGUAACACAGGAAGUGGUAGAGGAUGAUGAAGAGGAGGGGGAUAAAGUUGAUGGAUCAAUGGGAACAGAAGAUGAUAUUGUUCUCACAACAGACCAACCAAAUCAUGUUGAAGUAGGAAAAUCAGGCAAUGGUAGCCCAGCUCCAGAGGAAGGUUUAACACAGAUUGUGGCAGCAACAACACGGAUAGAUGAUGAAGGGGCCAAAGAGACACCAGUACCACUUACAUCAGUGAGUGGUCUGGAGAACUUGAAUGUGAGCAGAAGUUAUGAUGAUGCCGCAUGGGACCACCCAACGGCAUCUCCAGAAACUAUGACUCAGGAGCCCACUUCAACAAUGCUGUUUGACAUAACCAGCUUAAAAACAUCCAUGUCAGAAACCUCUCUGAUGGUCAGUCCCUCCGAUCACACUCCACAUGCAGAAGCAAAAGAAACAACUGGCUACCCAGCACAAGUAGCAACCACUGCACCAGCUCCAGAUAUCAUUACUGACACAUCGUCCCAGGAAUUACCCGAGCAAGAAAAUCUCACCCAUGGCCUGGGAGAAGAGCCUGUCCCCACUUCUGAGCCAUGUGAGGGAGAAGAUUGUUCUAAGUCCAGCAAAGGUGCUAUCAUAGCAGUAAUUGUGAUUCUUCUCUGCUUGUUACUAGUUGCAGCUGUCCUGGCUGUGUGGUUUUUCAAAAGACGGCAGCAGAAAAAUUCUGUCUAUAAACUAAAUGGAAGGUGUCAACCCAGACAUCAUUGCUACCACCACUACCAUCACCAGCACAUUGAAAUGCAGAAGGUCUAACCAAGGGUCUUUUGUCAGAGAUGCUAGAAAUCAGAAGAAAAACAUAUUGACGCUAGAAGGAUCACAUGACUCAUGGAUGCCAAAAUCCAGCAGUGCAGAAAGCAGAUGUAAAAAAGAAUGAUAAAAGAACG